CAAAUAUUUGGCAAAUGGAAAACAUAUUGAUGGGUUCAUUUGGGGCGAUUUUAGGGUUAUUGGCAGUGGUUUUAGCAGCACAUGCAAUGACAUGCGAAGAAGCCAUAGCCACCUUGAUGCCUUGCAAGCCAUACCUGACUACUUCGGAACCCUCGCCCACUCUUGCUUGCUGCCAAGCCGUGGCUACUGUCAACGCCUCGGCUAGCACCACUCAGUCAAGGAGGGAUCUGUGCGAGUGUUUUCGAAAGAAUGCACCUGCUUAUGGUGUUAUUGCCGACAAAGCCAAGAAACUUCCUGGCCUCUGUGCAGUCCAUGUCCCUGUUCCCAUUUAUCCCUCCGUCAAUUGCCACAACAUCCACUAGGCAUAGGCAAUGGAGGCCGCCAAGAAUGCACAUGAGCCAUCAAUAACUUUGAAAGGGAAAUCGUUCUCAUGUAGACAUAUAUAAUAUAUGUAUC